AUGAAAAAGAUUCCUAUUAUCAUACCCAGUAAAUCAACACCUCCUUUAACAUUGACUUCCUACAAAGCCACCCAAUUUGACUGUAAUGUCUCAACAAAGGUCCAUGCAAAUUCCAACAAUAUCUCAAUGACCAAAACUUCAAAUCCAAAAUCAAUGGAUGCUCAAUUGAACCAACUAUGCAUUAAUGGCUCCUUGAAUGAAGCUGUAGCAAUUCUUGAUUCCAUAGCUGAACAAGGGUCUAAGGUUAGUCCCGUUACUUAUAUGAACCUGUUACAGUCAUGCAUUGACAAAAACGAUAUUUUGGUGGGUAAUGAAUUGCAUGCUAGAAUUGGGUUGGUUGAAAUAGUGAACCCUUUUGUGGAGACCAAAUUGGUGAGUAUGUAUGCUAAGUGCGGGCGUUUAGAUAAGGCUCGUGAAGUCUUUGAUGAAAUGCGUGUGAGGAAUUUGUUUACUUGGUCUGCUAUGAUUGGUGCUUGUUCAAGAAACAAGAGAUGGGUGGAGACUGUGGGGCUGUUUCAUAAAAUGAUGGAGUAUGGGGUUUUGCCGGAUCAGUUUUUGCUUCCGAAGGUUUUGCAGGCGUGUGGGAAGUGUAGGGAUUUAGAGACUGGGAGGUUGAUUCAUUCCUUGGUCAUUCGGCUUGGAAUGCGCUAUUCGGUUCGUGUGCAUAAUUCGAUUAUGGCUGUGUAUGCCAAGUGUGGGGAGAUGGAUUGUGCAAAGAAGGUUUUUGAGUGUAUGGAUGAAAGGAAUAGUAUUGCGUGGAAUGCUAUGAUAUCUGGGUUUUGCAUGAAAGGUGAGAUUGAACAAGCUUGGAAGUAUUUUGACGCAAUGCAAAAAGAAGGAAUGGAUCCUGGCUUGGUAACUUGGAACAUUUUGAUUGCGUGUUAUAAUCAGUUAGGGUAUUGUGAUCUUGCAAUUCGAUUAAUGAGAAAGAUGGAAUGUCUUGGUAUUGCUCCUGAUGUAUAUACGUGGACUUCAAUGCUUUCUGGCUUUACUCAAAAGGGUAGGAUAAGUUAUGCUUUAGAUUUGUUGAGAGAAAUGUUUUUAGCAGGUGUUGAGCCCAAUAGCAUUACAAUUGCAAGUGCAGCAUCAGCAUGUGCAUCCUUAAAAUCAUUGAGUAUGGGAUUAGAAAUACAUUCUAUUGCUGUUAAGAUGAAUUUGGUUAGUAAUGUAUUAAUUGGUAAUUCACUGAUUGAAAUGUAUUGCAAGUGUCGCAAUCUUGAAGAUGCUCAAAGCAUUUUUGAUAUGAUGUUAGAGAGAGAUGAGUAUUCUUGGAACUCACUUAUUGGAGCAUAUUUCCAAGCUGGUUUCUGUGGCAAAGCUCAUGAGUUAUUUACGAAAAUGCAGGAGUCUAAGUCACCCCCCAACGUUGUUACAUGGAAUAUAAUGAUCACAGGAUAUAUGCAGAGUGGUGCUGAGGAUCAGGCGUUGGGUUUUUUUAAAAGCGUUGAGAAAGAUGGGAAACUUAAGAGAGAUGUAGCUUCAUGGAAUUCAUUAAUGUCCGGUUUCAUACAAAGUGGACAAAAGGACAAGGCGUUACAAAUAUUCCGGAACAUGCAGUUUUGUCAGAUAGCUCCCAACUCGGUCACAAUACUAACUAUCCUUCCUGCUUGUGCAAAUUUAGUGGCCAGCAAGAAAGUGAAAGAAACCCAUUGUGUUGCAGUGCGUAGAAAUUUAGUGUCUGAACUUCCUGUAUCAAAUUCAUUAAUUGAUAGUUAUGCCAAGUCAGGAAAUUUAAGGUACUCGAGAAACAUUUUCUAUGGGUUGUCACGGAAAGAUGCUGUCAGUUGGAACUGUAUGCUUUCCGGUUAUGUUUUACAUGGUUGUUCAAAGUCUGCACUUGAUCUUUUUUAUCAAAUGAGGAAGCAAGGAAUUCAACCAAAUAGAGGUACUUUUGCAAGUAUUCUCUUAGCUUAUGGUCAUGCUGGAAUGGUGGAUGAGGGGAAGAGUGUUUUCUCUUGCAUCACUAAAGAAUACUUGAUUAUACCAGGCUUGGAACAUUAUUCUGCUAUGGUUUAUUUGCUCGGUCGUUCCGGUAAGCUUGCUGAAGCACUGAAGUUUAUUCAAAACAUGCCCGUUGAACCUAAUUCCUCUGUAUGGGAUGCCUUGCUGACCGCUUGCAGAAUUCAUAAAAAUUUCGGAAUGGCAGUCCAUGCAGGAAAACAUUUGCUUGAGUUGGUACCUGGCAAUAAUACAACUCGAUAUUUACUUUCACAGGCAUAUUCCUUAUGUGAGAAGUUUGAGUCGGAUGAAGAAAAGCUUGUUAAUAAACCUGUUGGUCAAUGCUGGAUUGAAAGGAAUAACACAGUCUAUACUUUUGUAGUUGGUGAUCACUCAAACCUGUACUCUGAUAAGCUAUAUUCUUGGCUAAAACGGGUAGCUGUAAAUGUGAAGACACAGACAUAUGUUUUCGACAGUGAACUUUGCAUUGAGGAAGAGGAGAAGGAAAAUACUAGUGGUGUGCAUAGUGAAAAACUUGCAUUUGCUUUUGCUCUAAUAGAAUUUCACAACACUCCUCAAAUUUUACGAAUAGUUAAAAAUUUGAAAAUGUGUAGAGAUUGUCACGACACAGCCAAAUACAUAUCAUUGGCAUAUGAGUGUGAAAUAUAUUUAAGUGAUUCAAAGUGCUUACACCACUUUAAAGGUGGCCAUUGUUCUUGUAGGGACUAUUGGUAG